GUAGUCCCCGACAGGUGGCGGCGCGAUCUAUCCCACUGAAGUCCGCCGUGUCCGAGUCCACGAAGGCGGGGUCAGGGUGCGAGGAAAUGCAGUCCAGGGAGACGGGCACCGCUUCUUAGCAACACGCAUACCCGAAAUACAGAAGAGGGAUCCUCCAUGACCAUUAUUCUCCGGAUCUAUGACCCGGACGAGCGCUUUUCAUACUCGCAAGAAUACAACGCCUGGAUGAUAUUUUUUAAAUAAUUCUGUUUCGUUCCGUGCGAAAUGUAGCGAUCUACCCGACUUCGAGGUGUAUUAAGGGGGAUUUGUUGGAUGUUCCGCUGAAGUUAAGACAAAGAAUUUCUGUAAGGGGGGUUUGCAGGUGCCUCCUCAGUGCAUUAAAAACAGCCCGAAUCCACUUUGUUUCGAAAUGAGUUGUUUCUGUGCUACUCAAGAGGAAUUUUACUGCGAGGUUUUACUUUUGGAUGAAAGUAAACUGACGUUGACUACUCAGCAACAAGGAAUAAAGAAGUCGACCAAGGGGCUGGUCGUCCUGGAGCAUGUCUUCAGCCACAUUAACCUGGUGGAGACAGAGUAUUUCGGCCUGAGAUACUGCGACCUGAGCCACCAGACGUACUGGCUGGAUCCUUUGAAAACCCUUAACGAACAUAAAGAUUUGAUAACAACGGGACCUCCCUACACCCUCUACUUUGGAGUCAAGUUUUAUGCCGAGGAUCCCUGUAAACUAAAGGAAGAAAUAACCAGAUACCAGUUCUUCCUCCAGGUGAAGCAGGACGUGCUGCAGGGCCGCCUGCCAUGUCCGUCCAGCGCUGCCAUGCAGCUGGCUGCUUUAGACGUGCAGGCCGAGCUGGGCGAUUAUGACCCAUCCAGGCAUGUGUCGGGGUACGUGUCGGAGUACCGCUUCGUGCCGGAUCAAAAACAGGAGCUCGAGGAUGCCGUGGAGCGGAUCCACAAAACCAUAAAGGGACAGGUGCCAUCUGAAGCUGAAUUAAAUUAUUUAAAAAUUGCCAAGACUCUUGAAAUGUAUGGUGUUGAUCUACAUCCUGUAUUUGGAGAAAAUCAGUCUGAAUACUUUCUUGGAUUAACGCCAGUUGGAGUUGUUGUUUACAAGAACAAAACUCAAGUUGGAAAGUACUUCUGGCCAAGAAUAACAAAAGUACAUUUCAAGGAGACUCAGUUUGAGCUGCGUGUCAUGGGGAAAGAUUGUAAUGAGACCUCAUUCUUCUUUGAAGCACCCAGCAAAACAGCUUGUAAACACCUUUGGAAGUGCUGCGUGGAGCAUCACAUGUUUUUCAGGAUGCCAGAGAAUGAGUCCAAUUCCUUGACGAGGAAACUCACCAAGCUCGGCUCUCUCGGAUCAAAGCAUCGCUACAGCGGGAAGACUGCCUUCCAGAUGGGGAAGCACCAGUCCAUCCACCUGCCGCGGCCUGACCUGCAGGUCCAGCGGUGCCGCAGUAAGACGUACCCCAAGCGGGCCGCCUCGCUGACAGGACCAAACAACAUGAAUCUAUCAAAUAGUAAUCCUGAAGGUGAAGAAAGUCAAGAAACAAGAAACAGAACUGAUGACUCUUCAGCAGUAAAAAGUUGCAAAGCAAGUAAUAUAGUGAAUAGUCCAGAAGUACAUUCAAGAGUCCCCAGUGCACCUUGGGAAGAAAACUCGAUGCAAAGCUUGUACAACUCUGCUAGUGAACGAAACAAAUCACCAAAAUUCCCGGCUGCAAGGCGACAUACCACAUCUGGUGGGAGCGAGAACGAGCCAUCUCAGCCAGGCAGACGCAGGAAGGGUCAUUCUCAGGAGAAUCCUCAGCAGCAGAAGAGAAGGUCACGUUCCCGUGGCUACACCAGCAGUGGCAGUGAAUCCGAGAGCUCCAGCAGGGACCAUCGGAAAAAGAAGAAUAGGUCACGACAGGAAAAUGAGAUGGUGGAUUCUGCUCCUCAGUGGGAGGCUGUGCUUCGCCGGCAGAAGGAGAGAUCGCAGAACGACCCCAGCCACCGAAGAUCCAGGCACCGCUCACGAUCGAGAAGCCCUGAUGUCCAUGCAAAAGAGCAGCUGUGGAAGCACAUUCAGAAAGAGUAUGUGGAUCCCUCUGGUCUUACAGACGAACAGCUGAAAGAAAUCCCCUACAAGAAAGUGGAAACUCAAGGUGAUCCGAUCCGCAUCCGUCAUUCACAUUCUCCCAGAAGCUUCCGCCAGUACAGGAGAUCACAGUGUUCUGAUGGGGAAAGAUCCGUGCUCUCAGAAGUCAACUCCCAGACGGAUCUGGUGGCCCCCCUGCUGGUGACUCGUACGGCCGACAUCCCAGGAUCCAGCGUGUCGUCCACUAGGAGAAGAGAUGGAUCCAAAGACAACCAUUCCACGGGCACAGAAGUAAAAUGCAGUGUUAAGGUGGUGAAGACCAGCCAUACCCCCAGAAAGAAGGCUGAAACAUGAUUAGAUUGAUGUGCUCAUUGUGUUAAAACCAAAAUGGCACAAGCUAACAGAGAGCACAGUAUGUGCAAUCCCAGAAAGCUCAGUGCUAGUCUCCUGUCUAUGUAUCUCGUAUAUGUUUUAGAAAAGGCAUGGUCUCAGCAGGUAGCUUGAUAGUUGUAGUACAGAUGUCAAUGUCUCUGGCCACUUCAUAACCUAAAGCUAAAUCAUCUGAAUGUCAUAAAAUGAUAAUAUAUGGCUGAGACAUAAAAUGAAAACAGAAUCCAUAUUGCCCACUCUAUAAAUGCAUAUCUUAAUCAAAAUGCAAAUUUCUCUUCCACCAAAAUGGUUUAAAGAAUGCUUUAGAUACCUCCAGUGGGUCUGUCCUCCAUUGUGUACAGUAUUAAACUUCCAUUCAGAUAA